UUUAAACUCCGAGCGUACGUGGACAUGUUUUCUUUUGUGUGUGUGUGUGCGACAAACUGAUCUGUGAUGUCGGCAACCUGGACAGCGUGGUGAUGAGUGAUGGGCACGCGCCACAAUUGACGUAAUUGUUGCGCUGAUGCGACGACUUCGCUUCUGUGCUCAGUGUCUGCAUCUAAUCACUCUUUUACAUAAAGCCUGUUCGCCGACUCCAGUAGUAUGAGAUUUAAAUGUAUCUUGUGCGGUGUCCUCGAGACGUCACGGUUGUGUCCCUCGGCACGCUUCUGUUUAUCGUCCGACCAGGCCUGAGGUGCAAAGGUGUCUAUAGGCAUAGGGUGAAGUGCGAAGGUUUUCCGCUCGCAUUGUGUUCAUAACCUGGGCGACAUGAACUUCGUCGUCGACUCGUUGACGAUCCACGCGGACAAUCUUCGAUCCAGUGGGAGCAGGAGAACGCCGUGCACAGAAGGACGAUUCUCAGUCAGCCACCUCCUCAAUCUAGAUGACGCGCCAGUCAAACUUGCGUCGUGUGCAGAGUCUGCAGAACAAGAAGUGGAGGAGUCCAGAGCCGUGGACAGACGUCAGAGAAGAAAUCGAACAACAUUUAGUCCUCAUCAGUUGAACGCCCUGGAAGAGGUGUUCGAACGGACCCACUACCCGGAUGCUUUCCUAAGAGAAGAAAUCGCUAGGAGGGUGAAUCUCUCCGAAGCCAGAGUACAGGUCUGGUUCCAGAACCGUCGAGCUAAGUUUCGACGGAAUGAACGGACGGCGCAACGGACGAGUCGCACGGUGUCGGACGUAUGCAGCCUCACACCAGCGUGGCAUCCAAGGAUGAGUCCUAUCCAGUUGUCCCACUACAACCACGACGCAUCGUUUGCCAAUUACCACUUUGAACAAAUCUCUACUUUUCCCACAUAAAUGUGUACAUGACAAUAAUAAUAACAACAAUAAUAAUAAAACGAGAAGAGCCUUUA